AUGUUUGUCUGUUCGUUAUUUACAAUUAUUGGCCUUUUUCUAUUUAUUUUGCUCAAAUUCCUUCAGAAUCGUAAAGGCACAAGACGGAGGAGGAGAAAUACUAAUACACAAAAUAAUCGUUUGGAUGAUCAAUCAGAACAGUCCUCUUUAAGUGUAUCCAGACCUUCGAAUAACUAUAGACAUUACCAUUCCGCAAAGCCUAUAGACAAUUGGACACAUAAAAUUGAGAUGGACAGAAUGUUAGAUUCUACAUCUACAAGACACACUAAUUUAACUCCUCAACAUGGGGCACAUGGAACUAUCGGUUCACAUGGAGGUUCUCAUGGAGCUAUAAUGUUAAACAAUAAAGCAGCAAUAGCCUCCUCAUCUAGUCCAGAACACCAACACCAUUAUAAUUCAUUACAUUUACAUGAACAACACCAAACUUCGUCCGGUGUAGCUACACCAUCACACACUCCGACACAGAUAACUGGACAAUCAAACGGACAACUUAAGGUUUCUAAUGAUUGA